UUAUUUUAUUCAUUCCUUCAAACAGUGCUGUCAAAACGGUGCACAUGAAUUCGGAGAGCGCAUUGUUUUGUGUGUUUUUCUACUGUUGACCAGGAAAAAACGUGGAUUGCGUGAAGCAGCGAUUAUUUUAUGUGCUUGUCAAGUUUUUGAUUUUCUGUACGAUUGGAUUUGAUACGUUUGUGAAGUUAUCGAAACGGUUAUGAACCAGGAGGAGGAAACGCCGAGUACGAGAGUGACACGAGGAGCUCUCAGACGGCGUUCAAUUGAUCAGGAUCCGGCGUCGACGCCUAUUACUCCAAAAAAGGCAACAGUCGGUAAGAAGGUGGCAGUACUUGACGCUAUUCAGGAGGGAAGCAAUGGGACGGCCGAAACAAGCGCUGAAGAUGUUGGCGCCAGUAGGUCAAUCAGAACGAAAAAGGAUACAACACACGCACUGACAAACAAAUCGGUUCAGAAACUGAAGGAUCAAGAAGAGAAAGGUGGACGACGAUCGCGCACCAUUUCGUUGACCGAAGAGAACGUGGCUGCACUCGAGCCUUCGUCAGCUGAAGUGAGGCGAACACCGAGGCGCCGUGCAUCGCAGGAUAUUCCACUGACUCCUCAGACAGCUCUCCCAACUGGCAGACGUAUGACCAGACGAAAUAGUGUUGCUUCUGAUGACGGAUCGGUGAGUGCCCUUCCGGCGACUACACCCAAAGCAUCCACAUCUCGACUUAGCGUUGCGUCAACAAUCGCCGAGGACGACGAAAAGGAACUGAGUAGCACCAAGUUGGAUGCCCUGUCGCCCGACAAAAGCGUACGUAAACUUAGGGGUAGAUCCGUUUCCAUUUCACCGGUUCCGAAGAGUGCCUCAUCUGGUAAGAACACAUCCAUAGAUGGACUGAAGACUAGUGACGGGGAUGCAAGUCCCCACAAGCAACCGAAUGUUUCUCUGGAAAGUGUUCGGAAUUCUCCCAGAAAAUCGAUUAAGGAUGUGAGCUCUGAGUCCGCUGUGUUGAUUGAGGAUGAAAGCAUAGAUCAGAGUCCGAAUAAAAAUAAAAACACUAGCGUGACGCCGAGAUCGGUGCCGAAGGGUAGUAGUGCUCAUAAGCUAUCUAGAAAUGUCACAUUUGAUGAACAGGACUCGUUGGAUCAACAGAACCAGAGCGCCUAUCCUAAAACGCCGAUUCCAGCAUCUGGCGAGAAACGUUUCAAAUUCAACGAAAAAGAAUCUGAGCAAGAAGAGAAGGAGAAGUUGGCGAAAUCUACACCGGAAAUGUUUGACAUAGAUGAAUCAGCCGAUGAAGCAGAAGCGAAAGCAGAACAAACAACUAAAUCAGAGUCGUCCCUAACAUCUAAAACAGCUAUACCCGAAGUCGUUCAAGCUGAAUCAAAUCAAUCGGAAUCUUCCGGAACACAGUUGGACGUAAGUGUUGACACUUUUCUGGUUGAUAUCGUGGAGAAUGUACGAAAGAGCAUCGAUCAGGAGGACAUGUCUAUGUGUGUUUUGGACACCCCCAAACCGGUUGAAAAACAAAAGUCACAUUUUCCCCAUUUGCGCCCUGACGGUGGGACUUGCAGCACCCCAAUUGCAAAGGCGCUCUCUGGUACACCUGUUAAGGAACAGCUGCAAAAGGUCGGAUCGCCAAAAUUCGUCUCCAACACACCGGACGGUCGUGGUAAGCAGAAGAAGGCGGACGAGUCGAAGCUUUCCAAAUCCUGGAGCCAAGCGGUGAAAGGAAAAGGCACCGAUAAGGGCAUCGAUGUGUUCAGCGUUCGGAAACAAGAGCAGCAACGCCAAGACGAAGAAGAAGCUGAGAAGUUGAAUAAGGAGCGCGAGGAGCAGGCUAAAAAAAGAAAAUCGGGAGAAAGGUCUUCCCGAGAUGAAUCGGAUGAAGACAAUGAAGAGGAUGAGGAUGAAGAUGAUGAGAUAGAGGCAGCGCAGCGAAACACCUUUCUGGACGAUGAGGCGAUGGAGGUGGACGAUUACCAGUCGGGAGAAUCCAUGGAUAGUGAAACUCGUGCGGAGAUGGAAGAAAACGAUAUUCCGGUUGAUGGAGAGAGCAUUGGUAGUCAGGAUAGCGAGCAUAGUGAUGAGGACAACUGUGAUGACGAUGGUGAUGAUGACGACGAUGGUGACGAGGGAGAAAAAGAUUCGUUUAUCGUAUCGGAUGAUGAAGAACUGGAAAUAAUAGAUGAUAGCGAUGAGGAAAUAUCAGAAACGAAGGUCACAAAUUCCGACAAAAAGAAGCGUAAGAGGAUAAUCGAGCAAGUUGAUUCUAGUGAGGGAGAAGGUAUCGAAAUGACGCAAAAUAAAUCCAACAGUUUGAAUAACACUAACGCUACCGAUGUUGACGACGUGUCUAAACUCGAAAUAAACUCUUCGUCAGAUGCUUCUAAAAUCGAAUCUGUGGCAGACGUCACUAUUCCAGACAAAAAUACAAACAUUGCUACUCCUCCGAAGGAUAUUGCUGUAGUAAGUGAUCAAUUGGAGAGCCCAGCGAAAACUCCCAAGUCUCCUUUGAAGAGUCCGAUAAAAGAGAGGAAGCCAUCGGAUAGCCCGGUCACAACUAGAACGUCUGCCAAGAGUCCGAAAGGUGAAGCAACUCCACCGAAAAGUCCAGCACGGUUGUCGCCUAAGAGAAAGGAAAAUACUGAUAAACCUCUACUUGAUAAUGAGCCAUUAGAAGCAACUGUAAAGUCUGAGAUCAACACAACCAAGAGUCCGAUCCAAGCCCCUUCCAAGGUGCGUAAAUCGCUCCCGGCACCUUCGCUUUUGAUUUCCGCCGAUUUCUAUGCCUCUUCGGCGAAAAAAGCCAAACGGGCCACUAUCAAUGCUAUGGUCAGUGGAGAGGAGGAAAAAUCAGAAUCAGUCCCACCCGAGGAGGAGAAAAUACACCACGCAGAGCAGCCGAAGAAAACUAAACAGUCCAAGCUGGUGGUAACGAAUCCUGCAGCGUUGGCUCUGGCAAAGAAAAAUAAACGCCUUUCCCUCGAUGCGGCAACAGCUGCCUUGUCGGUUGUUCAGACAGAUAAAAGAAUGUCACUGCCAGGAAAGUUUAUGGGAGGUGAGGACGCAAAGACCCCGUCAAAAAAGAAAAAGUCUAAAGUUGAGCAAUCAGUUGAUGCCGAGCAGAAGCCUGUGUCGAAUGGAUUGUCAGAGGAAAUUUCCAAUAAAACGGCUGAUGUUGAGAUGAUGGAGGUCGAUGAGGAGCACGAACCGGAAGACAAGAAACUCGAGAAAGCUAGUAAGACGGUUGGGAAGAAGAAACCAAAGGAUUUGAGUGAAUUUGACCACGAGGUCAUCCUUUCGCGCUGCAAUGAAAUCGUUCGCGCUGACAAGGAGAGAAGACAACAAAGUGCAACCUUGCGGCAGAAGAAAAAGGAUGAAAAGCGUAUGAUCCGCGAGCAGGAGAAACAAGCGGAGACAACCGAGGGUGACGAUUCGAUGGAACAGCAAUCGAAACAGAAGAAGAAAAAGAAGAAGAAGCAAAUCAAUUAUUUGCUGGAGGAACUGGGUGAAACUAAGGAGGAACAGCUGGCGCGGGCACUGAAGCGGAAGAUGGCUCUUUUGGAGGCCAAGCGUGAGCGCAAGAGGCUCAAAAAGGUGGCAAAGCGACAACAGCAGCUUGACAAGGAAAAUCAGCAGGCCGGUGGGGAUGCGAAGCAGCAAGGAAUAGGAGCCAAAUUUGAGAAGAAGGCCAAAAAGAAACAAAAGCAGGCGGCUGAGGUGGCGAAGAUCGAAGCGCCAUCGAUGCCUGUAUUGAACGUUUCCGCCUUCUCCAUUUAUAAGGAGCAAAUCGGAGAGCUGAAACAGGCUGAGAAGCAUAGUAAGAAGAAGGGAAAACAGCUGAAGGAAAAGAAUCAGCAACCUUCGGCCGUGCAGGAGGUGGCAGAAGCACUACAGUCGGUGCCCCUUGUGGGUACAAAAUCAGAAAACAUUGAUAGAACAACUUCCGCGAAAAUGAAUAAUCUUCCGGAAACACAGCCGGAUCCGAUCAAACCGGAAAACCAGCCCAAAAAGACCGAAAAUGAAAAGAGAACAAAAUCUGAGAAGAAACACGCCAAAGCUGCUGCCGUGGCAAUAUCCGUCACUCAAGACCACUCCGAAAAAAAGUCCUCGAAUGAACCAGCCGAAAAAAAAGCGAAAGCGAAAAAAUCUAAAGGAGUGGAUUUACCGGAUGAACCUCAAUCUAAGCUUAAGAAAGCGGAACAGCCGGAUAAUGCUUCCGUCAAGCCGAUUGUUGUUUCGUUUGAUGAUGAGUGCACAAAACUAAAGAAAACCAUCGCAGAACCACUCGAGAAGAAAGUUGUCAAAAAGCAAAAGCUCUCGCAGAAGGAAUCCAUGUUCAUUACAGAACCCGUGGUGGAGUUGACACCGCCCCGAAAAGGCCCCGGUCUUCUGAAGGCUCUCCGUUUCCUAGAGGAACCAGUGACUCCCGAGCAGAAGCUUCUGAAACGCAACCAUGGUUUCAAGGAGGAACCCGUCACGCCGAAAGCGGUUGGAUUCAAGGUGUCGAAUCUUCUACCUGCAGGUCUGGAAGAGCUUCAAAAGCAGGCAACUCUGGGCGAAAAAAAGAAAGCCAGAUCGAAACGGAAUCGAAUGGACGAUGUGAAGGAGCCGUCCAAAAUGCUACCACUGCCAAUCUGGACACGAUCCGGAACGUUUGAGGUAGAGCCCGUCAAGAGUGACCACAAGAAGUCCAGUGGGGAUUACAUUCCACUAAAAGUGAACGGGGGUGGCGUAGGAGGCAGUGGCGGGUCGGGAAAACAUUCGACCGAAUUUCUGUUGAAGACGAAAGGCAAACAAUCCACCAAGGCAGGCCGUAUCGAUUCUACUACUGUGAGUGGGGAUGUGAUCAAUUUCAAAAAGGAAGCAAUUUUCGCCCGAAACGCCCAUUUGAGAGAGAAAAAGGCCAAACACUGAGAAUUCUAUAUAUAUUUUUUUUCUGUUUAUUCCCUCGAUUCGAUUAACGUAUGUUAGUUUAGUUGCCGUUAUUGAAUAACUCGGGUUCUAAGCGAACUGUUUUGUUUUAUUAUCUUCGGAAAAACAAAUAAAAAUUGUAAUUAGUUUUGAUUAUUA